ACAACAACAAGGUCCACUCCAACUCCAACAGCUGAAAUCAGCACAGCAACAACAGGUCCAUCAACGGCAUCGCCUGGUCCUUCUACAUCCACAUCCUCAUCUGCACCUACAGCAACAACACGGUCGACGCCUACCCCAUCAACAACAGCCGCGUCAUAUACAACAACUGAAAGCACGCCUACCCCAUCAACAACAGCCGCGUCAUAUACAACAACUGAAAGCAGUCCUACAGCCACCGGCCAUACUGCAGGGACAACCACCCACAUUUCCUUGCUCAUCUACUCCUACGCCUACCACAUCUUCAUCUUCCACAUCUUCAUCGUCUACAUCUUCAUUGUCCACACCUUCAUCUCCCCCUCCACCCCCACCCGUUGUCCCAGAAUGCCCAGAAUGGCAGAAAAAAGUGAGUAUUUUCUAAUGGACCUUACCUAA